AUGCCACCGGCAGCCUCGGACGAUUUGUUUCGCCAGCAGAGCCGGUCUUCAGGUGACACCAUUCCACCUCCCGAGGAUACUACCCGUUCAAACCUGGAGAAUGAAAUCGGGGGAAAGAGCAAGAAGAAAGGGAAAAGCGGAUCGAAGGCCAAGGCUAAAGCGGCGAAAGCAGCGGCCAAGUCCUCACCUGGCGACCUAGAUGAAAUCUCACCACCUCUGCUGGCAGAGCCGUCGUCUUGUCCGAACCCUACAUUAGAUCCCCCAACCAGUCACAACAUUGUUUCCCCAGGUCUUGACGCCCUGGACUCCUUGGGAGAUUCUCCAGAGAACGAUGUCACCUACCGGACGGAUAGUUGGGCUAAGUCCAUUCCAUUCGGCAAAAGUCCUCCAAAUGACGUGACGGAUGGGGAGUUUGCUAGCGGAUCCCCAUUCGGAUUUCUCACAAGCCAUGAUAAAGGCGGUUUUAGUCACCCUUCAUCGGCAUCGCCUUCUAGCAGGACAAGGCCUCUGAGUUAUGGCCAUGGGUACGCUACCAGUAAUACGUCCAGGCAACAGUCUGUGGACCGCCAUAAGAGCAACUCUGUCAACAGCCCAUUCAAUAACCAGAUACCCUUGCCACAUUUGCCACAGGCUCACUUCUACGGCGCCCCAGAUGUUGAUUUACCGGUCUCUUCUGGACAGAGUAGGCCGAUCAGUGAGGGGAGCUACUCUUUCUGUGCCUUUGACACAAUCCCGAGCCCGUGGUUCAAGGCGUCUAGGAUCGGAAGCAACGUUCUUCUGGUCGGUACAGAUGGUGCUCUAGAUAUUCUCGCAAUAGAAGAUCAGAAGACUCGUCUGGUGGGUAAGCUGACAGGCCUGCCUGGUCGGGUGAUCGAAGCCAAAUUGUUGACCAGUACCUGGGCAAAUGACCCGAAUCCCGCACCCAGACCACAUAUCGCCAUCAUUACCCAUGGACCCUGUUCUAUUCCUGAGGAUGAGGGCCACGCCUCCUCCACCGGGUCGGAAACAAACGAAAUUCCGGCUGGCCGGCCAUCAGUUGCUGGUGGUCGUAUGAACAAGGACGAAUUGAAGUUUUACCAAACACGGGUCGAUGUUUAUUCUUUGAGAGAUGGAGAACAUAUCACGACGCUCCUGACGACACCACCAGUCCAGUCCUUUGGCAAUAUCCCGGGGAUGCCGUCUCUGGCUCCGCCGCCUGUCGGCAACCUGAAGCUUUAUGCUAGCGGCAGCUACGUUGUUUUGGCCUCGGGAUCUAGUGGAGAAGUUUACAUUUAUGGCAUAGGCAGGUACCAAUGCCUUGGGAAAAUGUGGACGAGUAUUCAGUCGAAGGAAUCUCGACGAUAUUCGACCUCUUCUAGCUCCACUGACCCGGAUGCCUCGCAGUCCGACUCUCCACACGGGCUUCCCAAUCACGACAGCCCGAUCAUUUCUCUUAGAGGAAGGUGGCUGGCCCUUGUUCCGCCCUCCGCCACCUACAGAGCGUCCCUUCGUGCAACGGUUCCUGCGUCUCUCUUACAGGGAAAGCCUGUCGGACUUGAGACUCGUAGCCCACCAUCGCGACCAGCAGUAACAUGCGUGACUGACGUCGGCGAAGGCGAAAGCUUCUUUGGCAAGGUCGCUCGAGGCGUUACACAAGAGCUUAUGCGUGGUGCUCGCUGGAUGGGUGAUCAAGGUCUACAAGCCUGGAACAGUUACUGGAACAAAGAACAAGCACAAAGCAUCCCUUCACGUCGUUCUCCCAACUUAAUGGAUUUCUCACCACAAGGCUACAACAUCUUUCCUCCAACGCACUCCCAAGAAACCCAGACUGCUUCUCCGGCCGAGCCGGAUUUGGUUGCGGUAACGGACUUACAAAGACUAGAAGAGGGCACAGAAACAAAGAACGCGCUGUUCGGUUCCAUGACCACGUUUCAGGUGCCAAAUGGCUGUAGCUUUCUCUCCUUCUCUCCCAACGGCUUGAUGUUACUUACGGUGAGUAAGAAGGGAGACGUGCAGUAUGUUUGGGAUCUUCUGCAGGCGAAGUAUUGCCGGGCAGGGGCUUUCCUAUCCGACGACCCAACAGCUGCACACCCGAGCGUGCGACAGGUUGCGAGAUUCUCACGGUUGACGGCAUCUCGUAUCAUUGACGUGGUAUGGUGCCCUCCAUCUGGAGACAAGCUCGCAAUUAUUACUGGUAAGCCCACGGUGCAUGUUUUCGACCUGCCACGGGCUGCUUUUCAGUGGCCUCCUUUCCGUCGGGCCAGACCACAGCCUGCCAAAGUCCCUAGCCGUGAUUUACCGGCCGAGGAGCUGUCUGACCGGGCUGCUGCCCCGAACCCCCUAUCAGCAGCUUUCAAAAUGGUUGGAGGGAAGACCCAACCCAUCCUUGCAGCAGUGAGGGGUCGUGCACCAUCGACUGGCGCGGCCUUCAAUACGAUGAGCGGAUUCACGAUUCCUUCUACUGCAGGUGUGAGUGGCAAGGCCGUUGCCGCUGGCCUCAGCAAAUCAAUGGGCGCUGCGGCCACUGGUACAGUCAAGACAGUCAAUACAUUUCGGCAUGGGGGUGAGCACCGUCUGCAUCUCUCCGGGCUUUCCCGUGACCCAGUCGCUUCUCGUGUAACUUGGAUAACCAGUAAGGGUUUACCCUUUCUGGGACUUCUCGAUGGAGGGUUCUUCCGCUUAUAUCGAAUCAAGCGCUCGGUGUCCACCAAUCGGAAUCGGCAGCUGCAGUCAGUGAUUGGAGAGAAGGAAUUGGAAUUUCGACUACCUCCGAAUCUGCAGACACCUUGCGGCCCUCUGACCGUUGGCACCCUUGGCACCCCAGGCACGGAGGCCAAGGUCUGGGCCACUCUGGCUCUGCCGUCUUCCACAGCCCGGCCUCUUGUGUCGUCGAAGCUCAAGGCUCAGCCGCUUUCGCAGGCGGAAAUCGAAACGAAUACGCCUUACCAACCAUUCCACACCGACCAGAGAGUAAACCUUUUUGUCUACUCGGAAACAGAUGACAUUGGGACAUCCGUACCCACAGGUCAGUGGGUCUUUGGGGGCUUCAUGCCGACGUCCAAGCUUCACGUGCGCCCAUUUAGCGCCCACAAUGAAGAUGAUGAGGAUGACAUGGUACAUGAGCAGCAUCAUGGCUUUGGAGGCGAGAUGGAGAACCUUAUCAGCCUAGGGAACAGCACUGGAAACCUUGAAGAAGUAGUCAUCACGACUCGUCGGAAGAAGAAGUCAACUUUAGCCUUGGCCUCGGGCAGUGGGGUCGACGAUGGAUUUUUUGAGGAUGACUGUGAGGUUUUGGACUUUGCGCGAGAUCGAGUUUGA